GAUCAAGUUAAGUACACAAAAGGGUCUUCUGUUUGCAAAAGGUGUCUUUUCCCUCCUUUUUUUUCUGCUUUUGACUGCGACGGCAAGGGGAGUAAUCAACAGAACCCUUGCUACUCUGCUUUGUAUAUUGGUGUACAAGAGGAGAAAAGGGGAUACAAGUGUGCAUCACAUCACAUCUCCUGCUAGUCUUGUGACAUGCCACUUCUCGCUCGGCAGCGAAUGACCAGCUUUGUUCCCUGCUUUGGAUUGGUCUGUCUCUUUUGAUUAGCAGCUUUGGUCUCCCAGCCGCCGCAAUUUAGUCCCGAGAGAGAAGAGGCGGUUCUACACCUUCCUUCUGUACUCUUGGUGUAUAUUGCUUCUACGAAUUACGACAAUCGCUCUUUACCCUCUGGACAUUUUCGAAGAAUAGCAUCAAAUGCAAUAGAGUGGUGAUAACGAAAUGGCGGUUCCUGUCGCGCGCGCGUUGGCGGCGCGUCUCCCGCUGAAGCUUGCACCAACCAGCGAUUCCAAGCAACCAGAGCUGCAGAAAUGCGCUGGCAAUGCAUAUCACCACGACCAUCACGAUGGAACGAUUACGAAAACACUCCGACUACCGGGUCUACUCUUCUUUGACCUCGAACAAGCAACCCCUCCAAGUUAUGACGAUUGCGUGAACGACACACCACCUGACUACACGACUACCGAUGCGCUUGCGACGUGGGAUUGCGAUCCUCCUGCGUAUGCACCGUCACCGAUCUUGACAACCCCUGGGAAACGAAGGGAUGAAUUCUUUGGAAGUACGAAACCAGAAGUCGAUUUUCAGUAUCGCGAUAACUUGCGCGAGCACAAGAAGAAGAAAAAGGGCGCUGCUGCUGCCAAAAACAAAUGGGACAGCGACAACGAGGAAGAGAAGAAGCCUGAAGAAGACAACAAAGAAGAUCAACCUGGCGACACAGGCGGCAGUGGAGGUGCAGAUGGCGCAGGAGGGGAUGGAGGAGGCAAUGAUGAUGACGAUUGGGACGAUGGCAAGAAGAAGAGCAAAAAGGACAAGAAGAAGAGUGCCUUCAGCUGGGACGCCCUAGACGACGAAGAACACAAGGAAGAGGAAGACAAGCAAGACGAAGCACCUCCUCCUGUCGAAGAACCUCCACCUGAAGAAGACGACUGGGCAGGCUUCACCACAGCCAGCAAGAAGAAGAAGAAGAAGGGCAAAAACGCCGACCCGGAUCCUCCUCUUGAUGAAGUCAAACUCGAUGACGAACCCCCGAAAGUCAACCUGGACUUCGGCAACAGCAACAGCUUCAGUUUCGGCACCAAUGGCGCUUGGGGAAGUGGUGCAAAGGCAGUAGAAGAUGAUAACUGGGCCACUUUCGGUAAGAAGGACAAGAAGAAAAAGUCUGGAAACGCCUUCGACUUCGGCUUUGAGGAUGCCGCUGGUGAAGGGGAGAUGCCUGGAGAAUCCGAACCACCACCAGCAGAGGAAGAAGCAAAGACCGACGACAACCCAUGGGCUGCAUUCAGCACUGGCAAGAAGAAAAAGAAGAAGGGUGGUGCUGUUGAAGAACCACCUCCUGAACCCGAGCCCGAGCCGGAACCUGAACCUGAACCAAUCAUCGAUGUUCAAAGCCCUGACGAACCUGCCGACGACUUUGGUUGGGGUAUGAGCGCAAAGGAUAAGAAGAAGGCAAAGAAAGCCGCCAAAGCUGCCGCACUUGCUGAGCCUGAGCCUGUCAUUGUCAUCGAAGAAUCGCCUCCUGAGCCUGAAGCUCCUCCCGCAGAACCUGAACCAGCUCCUGUAGAAGACUUCAGUUGGGGCAUGAGCGCUAAGGACAAGAAGAAGGCAAAAAAGGCUGCUGCGAAGAAAGGAGGAAAUGCUUUCGACUUCAUCGCUGAGCCCGACCCUGAACCUACACCCGCUCCAGAGCCCCAACCCGAACCCGAACCCCCCGUCGUUGAAGUCGUUGAGGAACCUCCUCCUCCUCCUCCUGCUGCUGAGCCAGAACCUGUCGAUGAUUUCUCUUGGGGAAUGAGCGCAAAAGACAAAAAGAAGGCGAAGAAAGCAAAAAAGAACGCUUUCGACUGGUCUGAGCCUGAUCCUCCUGCCGCUCCUGAGCCUCCAUUAGUUGUAGAAGCCCCUCCUGUUCCCGAGGCCGCUGAUGACUCGGCCGCUCUUGUGAUUCCGGAACCACCACAAGACGAAUGGAGUUUUGGCUGGGGUACAACAACUAAGAAGAAAGGUAAGAAAGGCGUUGAGGAAGUCCUGCCAGAAGCGCCUCCACCUCCGCCGCCCGUUCCUGAACCUGUCGCCGAGGAAAGCAGUAGUUCAUGGUCAUUCGGCUGGGGCUCAACCUCGAAGAAGGAUAAAAUGAAGAAGAGCAAAUCACCAGAGCCCAAGCCUGUCCCUGAACCAGCCCCGGAGCCUGAGCUCGUCCUCGAAGACGAUCCAGUCGUCAUGAUUCCUGAGUCAAUCGACGAGCCCAAGGCAGAAGAAGAUGAUUGGUCAGGCUGGGCUACGGGCAAGAAGUCAAAAAAGAAGGGAAGCAAAAACGCACCUGUCGAGAUUGUGGAACCUGUCUAUGAUGUCCCUGUCCAACAGCCUGAUCCUGCACCUGUUGAAGAAGACUCCUGGGGUGGCUGGAGUGUUGGUAAGAAGGAGAAGAAGAAGAGCAAGAAGGGUGAUACUGUUCCUCCUCCACCUUUGGCCGCCAUCGAGCCCCCGCCUGUCGAGUCGGCAGAGCCCAUUAUCGAAGUGCCUCCACCUCCGCCAGAACCUGAAGCUCAUGUUGAGCAGCCACCUGCUGAUGAUCCUUGGGCUUCCUUUUCCACCAAGAAGAGUAAGAAGGACAAAAAGAAGAAGGGCUCAGGCGCUGAAGAGACGAAGCCGAUUGCCGAGGCACCGCCUCCUGCUCCCGAACCAGAGCCUGAACAGCUGAUUGAUAUGCAAGAGCCGGAGCCGAAGCCCGAACCGGUUGUCAUCAUUGAAUCAUCUCCAGCUGAAGAGUCCGUGAAAGAGACCAAGAAGAAGGAAGUCAAGACUUCUUCCGGUUGGGGCAGCAGUCUUUGGGGCAGCUCAAGCAAGUCCAAAUCUUCCUCCUCUUCUAAAGACAAAGAGAAGGAGAAGGAGAGGGAGAAGAAAGAGAAAGAGGAAAAGGAGCGUCUGGAGCGAGAAGCAGAAGAGCAACGCAAAGCAGACGAAGAGGCUGCAUUCGCAGCAGCGCUCGCCGAUGAGCCUAUUGACAUGCUUCCUGAAGCCGAGCCCGCAAAUACGGGCUAUUGGGGCACUUUCCUGAAGCCUACCACAGUCAAAAACACUGUUGAGGAACCUAUCAUUCCGAAGGUGAAAGUCGACACUGGUGCCAAGGAGUCUGUCAAAGACAGGAUCAAGCGAUUGCAAGGUGAAGCUACCAAGAAAGAAGCGGUCAUUGUACUACCACCUGCUCCCGAACCUGAGCCACUUCCCGAACCCGAACUCAUCGUUGUGCCCGAAUCUGAAGUCGUUAUCGUGCCUGAACCACCAGUCAUUGAAGAGACUGUCAAGAAAUCUUCCAAGGACAAGAAGAAAAAGAAAGGUAAAGACAAAGAGCCAUCUCCUCCACCACCAGCUGCUAUCGAGAUUCCUCCGCCUGUUGUCGACUUUCCUCCCUCUCUGAGCCCUAUUCCGGGUGGCUUUCCUGAAGAUGACGUGGUUGAUGUGCUGGCUGAUGUACCUGCUGUACCACCAUUCGUGCCUGAAGCCUCGGCUACCGCACCUAUCGAGCCACCUCCAGUCGAAGUGAACGAACCUACGCCCAAACCUGCUUCUGACAAGAAGGUCACCAAAGAGAAGAAGUCGUCAGUCAAAAAGGAAGUCAAGAAGCCAACUAAGUCGUCGCGCCCGACAGUAGUCGACCUUUCUGCGCCGAGCACACCCACGGCUGAGAUUAAGUCUGUUAAAAAGGAGCGACCAAAGAUUGUUCGCGACCCGACUGGUAGUUCUUGGGGCAAUUGGGGAACAACACCAAAGCCAGGGGUCAAAAAGGAACGCCGGCCCAGCAAAGACGCGACAACAACAACAACUCCAACUUUGAAGCGCACUUCUGCUCCAGGACUCUCUCGAUCGAAAUCGGCGCGCAAAGCAACCGAACGCGACGUCAUGGACAGAAUUGACAAAACCUCCAGCGACGACAGAGCAUCGAAAAGAGAGAGUAAAGAUCGUCCUACUCCAUCCAAAGGCAUGAGUUUCAACAUAUUCGGUCCCACGCCCACGCGUUCUAAAUCAAUGCGCCAGUCAACUUCUGCGCAACGACCAACUCAAGUACGUGAAUCUCGACGCUCUUUCGACGUUUUAUCUCCGCCAGGCGACAUCGCUAGUAAAGCCGCCAAAUUGAUGGGAGUCGGACCGCGACCGACUCUGAGUCGCAGUCAAUCGACACGAGAGAAGCGCAAAUCUCGUACUGUGCCAGAUCCGUACGCCAUCGAUCCUGACAACACUCCUGACGACGCGACGCACUCCGCCUCUGUUGACAGGUCCAGCAGCCAUCGCACAAAGAGGUCCAGUCGAAGUGAGCACAAGCACGACAAGCGCGACUCGGCAAUGAUGUCCGGCGGUCUUGGUCCCGGCAAUGGCAAUGAAGCGGACCCCGUCAUGACACCAGAAGAUACACCUUUUGUCACGCCUUCGCGACCAGCAUUGAAACGCUCAGCAACCACCAGCGCGAGGAAACCAGCAGGGGGUCUUUUCAGUAAUAUCCUGGAUUCACUCAAGCCGAAGCCAGUGGAAGAGCUCUCGCGCCGCCAUCGCAGCAAUCGUGCUUAUGAUAGUGAAGAUGGAUCUGCACGCCACAGCAGACACCGCACCCCUCACCGUGACGAAGAGGAAGAUUCCAAGCGCCACCUUCGCCGCGAACACAGACGUGUCCAUCGACACGAAGACAUGCCAUCUACGCCCGUUGAUAAUUUGCCACCGACCCCAGCAGCAGAAAACAUCGAAUCCGAAGAACGUGAACGCAGACGUGCAGAAAGAAGAGUCAAACGCGCAGCAGCAGAGGCAGCAGAAGAGGACCUACGAGCACGCGAAAAGGCCGCCAGACGCAGAGAACGCGAAGACGCCGAACGCGCCAGGCAAGAUGAAGAAGAACAACGACGCCAACGACGAGCUGACCGCCAUGCCUCUCGUCGCUCUUCUGCUGCAGAUCCAGACCGGAAACCGCAUCUGCAUCGCUCUUCCACAGCACCCGUACAGUCAUACUUCGACGCUCGUGCUCCCAAUCGUGACGCCAAUGGACGCGAUCUUAGAAGUCCUCCAAAGGACAAGACAUCUAAUUGGGUGAACAGUGUGACGUCUUCACCUCCCUUGCCACCACCUCUUCAGCCUACCAUCUUGGAUUUCCCACCUGCUGAACCUCAAGACGAUGAAAUCCCGGAUGACGAAAGCACGGCUCGCGAGCUCCGUCGUCGUCAUCGCCGCGAACGUGAGUCUCGUGGUGUGGAGACGGAAGAGGACCGCAAAAGACGCAAGCGCAAGGAGUUAAGGAGACGUGAGGAAGAACUCGAACGUCAAGGUGGAAGAGGAAAUAAGGCGUUCAACAGUCCUGGGUAUGAGGGUUUCGAGACACAAAAGACUUGGGAUGGUAGAGUUGUUGGUGAAGGAAGAGGUGGUGGUGGAGGUGUCAAGGAGGAGAUUGCUAGAAGAACCCAGGGGUGGUUUAAGAAGGUUGCUGGACUGUAAGAAAGAGGAGGAGAAAGACUUUCGGCUUUUUCAUGGUUGAUGAACAUUAUGACUUGGAUGAGAUGAUAGAUUAUGAUGCAAAAUGAACAGCAUGCAGAGAAGAACAGAACGAUAUGAGAGUGACGUUGC